CGUUUGUGCGCCGAAUUACCGGGAUUGGUGGCGUUUCCGUACCGAUAUAUCUUCUCGUAGAAUCCCUCAAGCAGGAGAACGCCAUUAGCUUUCUUCCUUUACUUUUGUUCACGUUCGCAGACUUUGACGAUGUUUGCCGCUCGUGCCACAGGGCGCUUCGUUCUUCCAAUACAGACGCCAUCAUUUGUCCGAAAUGCAUCCCAUAUAUCGCCCGCCCCUGGAAGCUUCGGUGACCAUAGUCAUAGAGUCGUGGUUGUCGGUGGCGGGACCGCCGGCCUGGCCAUCAGUCAUCAGUUACUACGAUCUGGAAAGUUCACCCAAGACGAAAUUGCCGUUGUCGAUCCCGCUGCCUGGCACCAUUACCAACCAGGCUGGACCCUAGUCGGUGGCGGCCUCAAGGAUAAACAGGGCUUACGACGCCCACUGCAAGCCCUGCUCAACCGAAAGCUGAAAUUUUAUCCCAGAAGAGCAACCACUUUUUCUCCAGAGGCCAACUCAAUCACGCUCGAUAAUGGCCAUAAAAUUGCGUACGAGCAUCUUGUUGUGGCACCUGGCAUUGAGGUCAAAUACGGCAGCAUCAAAGGUCUUUCGGAGGCUCUGGCGGACCCAUCAUCACUCAUCUCAACUAUCUACGGAUAUGACUAUUGCGACAAGACCUAUGAAACGAUAAGGAAAUUCAGGAAAGGAAGUGCCCUCUUCACACAUCCAGCCGGCACAGUCAAAUGCGCGGGUGCUCCUCAAAAGAUCAUGUGGCUUGCAUUAGACUAUUGGAAAAAGGCUGGGCUAUAUAGUUCUUCAGGAGAAUCGCCGAUCCAUAUCAACUUCGCAACCAAUCUCCCCGGUCUAUUUGGUGUGCCAAAAUACAGCACCAAACUCGACGAGCUGCGCAGACAAAGAGGGGUGGACGGCUAUUUUCAACAUGAUCUUGUUGCCAUUGAGGGUAACCAGGCAACAUUUGCUGUUCAGGGUCAACCACAAAAGGUUACGAAGUCGUUCGACCUGCUGCACGUGGUGCCCAAGAUGGGGCCCUAUGACACUAUCAAGACAAGCACGAUAUCGAAUGAGGAUGGUUUCGUCGAGGUGGACGAGGCUACUACUCGCCACAAACGCUAUGCCAACAUCUGGUCCGCGGGCGAUGCUUCUAGUCUGCCUACCUCAAAGACAAUGGCGGCAGUCACUUCCCAGGCGCCGGUUCUGGUCCGGAACAUGCUGCAGGCUAUGGAAGGCAAGGUUCCGGAUGCAGUGUAUGAUGGGUAUACCUCGUGUCCACUUCUGACUGAAUACGGCAAGGUACUUCUUGCUGAAUUCAAGUAUGGCGGGGAGCCGGAUGAGACUUUUAACAGGUGGUUCGGAAUUGACCAGGGGACGCCUAGGCGUGCAUUCUACUACUUGAAGAAGGAUUUUUUUCCCUGGGUCUACUACAAGUCUAUGCUCAAGGGCACGUGGCGUGGGCCGAAGGGAUGGAGCAGGUAAAGCCAAAAAGCAUUUUCUGUGUCUGGAAGUAGAUAAUAGAAGAGAGAAGAGUUUGCAUGGCUAAUGACGCUGGAUCCAAUUUAUGUCAGUGUAGAGCAAGCUUUCACCCUUAUGACUGAAUGAUUCUCUGUCCAUAUAUAUC